AUGUUUCUCAAGCCUGAAGAUGGCACUGAAUGGGAAUUAUUUUGGACUAAAAAUGAUGGUGAUAUUUGGCUUCAAAAGGGUUGGAAGGAAUUUUCUACAUAUUACUCCCUAGAUCAUGGUCAUAUGGUGUUGUUUGAAUACAAGCACACUUCUCAUCUUGAUGUACACAUAUUUGACAAGAGUACCCUUGAAAUAGAUUAUCCUUUCCAUUGCACUCAAGAUGAACAGGACAACCUUGACCAGAUUAGUGACGAUGACUCAGUUAAAAUUUCGGAUGAGCUACCAGCAUGCCAUAAGAAUACACAGAAAUCACCAAUGUCUUCUCCUCAACCAUGUAAGAAAUUGAGAACUUGCACAAGUAAGGUUGAAAGAAGCUCUACUUUGCAAAACUUGCCUCAGCGUGUCCAAAUUGAAGGUACAAUCUUGGAGAAGUCUAAAUUUGCAUCCGUAAAGAAAGAACCGGAUGAGAAUAUAGGUGGUACUACAGAAUUUCUAAGAGUGAAGCAGUUCACUUCUAAAAUUACCGCUAUAAAAAAAGCCAAAACUUUCAGAUCUAAAAGUCCCUCUUUCACGGUUGUCAUGAAGCCUGCCUAUGUUGAUGGAUAUGACUUGGCUGUCCCAGUACAAUUUGCUGAAAUAUAUUUGAAGAAAAAGGAAAGGAAUAUCCUCCUUCAAGUCUUGGAUGGGAGAACUUGGACUUGUAAAUAUAGAUUCCCCAGAAUUAGUAGUAGAUGGAAGAAAUUUGUAACUGAUAAUGAUUUGAAAGUGGGAGAUGUUUGUCUUUUUGAGAUGACCAACAUCCGAGACCUUUCUUUGAAAGUACACAUCUUUCCACUUGCAGAAGAAUCAAAUUCCCCUUCAGUUCAAGGAGCUCUGAAAGAAGCUAGUGAAUUCGCCUCAGAAAAUCCCUCUUUCAAAGUUAAAAUAAAGACCGAUGAUAAAUUUAGACCGGAUGUACCACUUGUCUUCAUGAGAGACUACUUCAAUAACAUGAUGCAGAUUGUGAUGUUACAGUUUGGAAAGAAAUUGUGGCCUGUAAAGUUAGUGAGAUAUAAAUCUGCACAUAGAAAUGGUGCUCGAUGGAAGUUGGUUAAUGGUUGGUUGCAAUUUGCUCGAGAAAGUAAAUUGGUAGAUGGAGAUUACUGGGUGUUUGAACUCAUCAACAGAGAGAAUGCAGUACUUAAUGUUCAUAUAUUUUGA